AUCCUGUCUGAGCAGCUUUCUUGUUGCCUUCUGUUUUCUGGGCUCCCUUAGGGGGGUAUCUUGACUACAGACUUCCGGACUCCUCAGGUUUUUGGAUUCAAAACAUAAAAACCAUUACAAGAUAUACAAUCUAUGUGCUGAAAGACAUUAUGACACCGCCAAAUUUAACUGCAGAGUUGCACAGUAUCCUUUUGAAGACCAUAACCCCCCACAGCUAGAGCUUAUCAAACCUUUUUGUGAAGAUCUUGACCAAUGGCUGAGUGAAGAUGACAAUCAUGUUGCAGCAAUUCAUUGUAAAGCUGGAAAGGGACGAACUGGUGUAAUGAUUUGUGCAUAUUUGUUGCAUCGAGGCAAGUUUUUAAAGGCUCAAGAAGCUCUAGAUUUUUAUGGGGAAGUAAGGACCAGAGACAAGAAGGGAGUAACUAUUCCCAGUCAGAGACGCUAUGUGUAUUACUAUAGUUACCUGUUAAAGAAUCACCUGGAUUAUAGACCAGUGGCACUGCUGUUUCAUAAGAUGAUGUUUGAAACAAUUCCAAUGUUCAGUGGCGGAACUUGCAAUCCUCAGUUUGUGGUAUACCAACUAAAGGUAAAGAUAUUUACCUCCCCUUCAGGACCCCCUAGACGAGAAGACAAAUACAUGUACUUUGAAUUCCCUCAACCAUUGCCGGUGUGCGGUGAUAUCAAAGUAGAAUUCUUCCACAAACAGAACAAGAUGUUGAAAAAGGACAAAAUGUUUCACUUUUGGGUAAAUACAUUCUUCAUAGGACUGGAUGAAAAUUCAGACAAAGUAGAAAAUGGAAGUCUAGUUGGAGAUCAGGAACUUGAUGGUAUUUUCAGCACAGAACGCUCAGAUAAUGACAAGGAAUAUCUAAUCCUUACGUUAACAAAAAAUGAUCUAGAUAAGGCAAAUAAAGACAAAGCCAACAGAUAUUUCUCUCCAAACUUCAAGGUGAAGCUAUAUUUCACAAAAACAGAGGAGCCAUCAAAUCCAGAGGCUAGCAGUUCUGCUUCAGUAACACCGGACGUUAGUGACAAUGAACCUGAUCAUUAUAGAUAUUCUGACACCACUGACUCUGAUCCAGAGAACGAACCUUUUGAUGAAGAUCAGCAUACGCAGAUUACAAAAGUCUGAAUAUUUUUUUUAUCUGGGGAGAAAAAACCACAAAGAGACAAACUUGAAUAAACUGAAAAAGGACCUUUUCAAAUGGCAAUAGAACAUUGUGUCAGAUUACCAAUUAUAGGAACAAUUCUUUCCUGACCAAUCUUAUUUUGCCCUAUAAAUCUACAGGGUUUGACAUUUGUUGUCCAGUUGAAAAAGGUUACGUAGCUAUGUUAUGUAUAUACCUUUUUGUGUCAAAAGGACAUUAAAAUUUCAAUUAGGAAAUAUAAAGAUGGCACUUUCCCAUUUUAUUCCAGUUUUAUAAAAGUGGAGACAGAUCUGAUGUGUAUGCGUAGGAAUUUUUCCUUUUGUGUCUGUCACCAACUGCAGUUGGGGUUGGGGGGAAGCUUUCUGAUAUACAGGUUCACAUCCUGCCCCUUUCUUUGCACUUAAGUGGCAACAGAUAAGUCCGCAGUUGGCUAAGAGAAGUUUCUAAAGGGUUGUACUACAUUCUGAUGCAUGUAUUCUGGAUAGGGGAAUGUAAAGAAAUGCUCUGAAAGGAAUAUAUUAUGCUGGACCCUGGACUAUGUACCGUAUCCGGCUACUUACAUGCACCUUUCUUUAGCAUGCUGCAGUAAUUAAUCCUGGACGUUUGAGGAAUCGGCCGCUGUCACUGCUUGUUGUUUGUGCAUUUUAUUUUUUUAAGCAUAAUGGUGCUAGAAAAGGCAGCUAGAGGGAGUGAUUCCAUAUAGGGGUACAGGAAUGAACCUUCCACAACAUCUUAAAGACCCACAAAUGAAGGGAUAUGAAAAUAAUGGGGUCACAGAUAAGAAACACAGCAACAAUGACUUAACCAUACAAAUGUGGAGGCUAUCAACCUAAAAUGGGCUUGAAACAAUUGUUCUAAAAAAGACAAUGAUUUAUUAAAUGUUUUUCUCAAUUGUAAUGGCUGCUCCAUCUCCUGUGUAAUCAAGGCCAGUGCUGAAAGUCAGAUGCUAUUAGUACAUACAUCAGUCAACAUCUUACUUAUUUUAUUAGUUUUUCAAUCAUAUACCUGCUGUGAAUGCUUCAUGUGCUGCAUUGCAAGCUUUUUUUCCUCAUUAAAUAUAAAAUAUUUUAUAACGGUG